AUGCAGACAUUUCUACCCCUCAUUGUGCUGAGCUGCCUUGGUGCAGUUGGCGCAAGCCAUCAUCACUACAAUUUCCACGAGUACGAUCAAGAUGUACUCGCGCAGCAUCCCGUUGCAUAUACCGACGCUGAAACACCUCUGCUGCAAACUCGCAAUGGAACCUACGCGGGUAUUUACUCGCCAAGCUAUGACCAAGACUUCUUCUUGGGCGUCCCUUACGCCCAACCGCCGGUCCAAGGCCUUCGCUGGAGGCUGCCACAGAGCAUCAACACUUCUUUUACCGGUACACGCGAUGCAGUCAAGUAUCCGCCAAGCUGCGUCGGCCUGGGUGGCGAUAGCUGGGGCUACCCGCUCUCAGAAGAUUGUCUGUACCUGAACAUUAUUCGCCCUCAUAUGCCACAGGGCCAUCCGUCGGAGACUGGGACUGAUGGCAAUCUGCUGCCCAUUGCCGUGUGGAUUCAUGGUGGCGGCUUUUACAUGGGUGGUAGCGGCGAUCUGCGCUUCAACAUGUCCAUGAUUGUUGACAACGCUCAAAAAUCCGGUACGCCUUUCAUCGCGAUAAGCCUAAACUACCGUUUAAAUGGGUUUGGGUUCUUGAACUCCAACGAGAUACGCGGCGAGGGGGCUACUAAUCUUGGGCUCCGCGACCAGCGUCUUGCAUUGCACUGGAUUCAAGAGAAUGCGCGUCGAUUUGGUGGCGAUCCACGCAAGGUUACCAUUUGGGGUCAAAGCUGUGGCGGAAACAGCGUCGGCUUUCACAUGCUGGCGUACGGCGGGCGAGACGAUGGCCUCUUCUCUGCUGGUAUCAUGCAAAGCGGAAACCCCGAACCUUGGCGAGCCCUCAACGGCACUGAUUUUUACCAGCCAUUGUAUCGCAAUGUCACCCAACAUGUGCAUCCGUCGCCCGAGUUCGCCGCCGCCCACGAUAUGAGCUCUGACGAGACUUGCGCGGCCGCGGCAGACAGCCUUGCAUGUCUGCGCACUGGCAAGCUCGAAGAGCUCAAUGCCGUCUUCAAUGGAUCCCGAGACAUCAGCCAAAAAUGGUUUCCCGUGGUGGACGGUGACUUUUUGCGCGAAUACCCGUCGCGGCAACUUCGUCGCGGCAGCUUUGUCAAGAUCCCAAUCAUCACCGGCGCAACCACGAACGAAGGCCACUGGUUCGUCCCACCACUCGAGGAUAAGCCCCAAGACUUCCUUACCUACUUGAAGCAUCCCCAAGUCUUCACCGGCCGUCCCUACCAACUCGGUCUGCCAUCCAAGCUCGCAAAUCAGCUCUUCGAGGCCUACUGGCCAAGCAUCUGUCCUGACGCACCAGAUGGCAACUGCACAGAUUACAAGAGCCCUCGAAUUGAGGGCAUGAGUCCUACUUACCUUCGAGCAUCCACCUUCGCUGGUGACGCCGUCUUCAUUGCUCCUCGCCGUUCAAUGUGCGAAGCCGCUGCACGUUUCGGAAUGCCGGCAUAUUGUUAUCGCUUCGAUGCCAUCCCCAACGGCCAGCAAGCCCCAACUCAUUUUCACGAGGUCUCGUUCGUUUUUGACAACACGAAAGGCCUGGGCUACCAUUUACCCAUCCACCCGCUGCCCUUCACCGGAAAACCUGAGAGCUACUUUCAGCUCGCAAAAUUUAUCAGCCGCUCUUGGGUAAGCUUCAUUGUUGACCAUGAUCCCAACUCAUGGCGCCGACAGGGCCAGUGGGACGGACUGGAGCCAGAGUGGCCUCUCUAUGACAAGGAAAAUGCCCGCAACUUUGUUUUUCAGCCGGGUGCAAGCCAUUUGGAACCCGACACGUUCCGCAAGGAGCAGAUACAGCUGAUCAACGAUCAUGCACAUCUCUUCCAGCGAUGA